AUGUUUGGUAACUGCUUGGUUAAAACCGUAGCUAAGCAACAUGGAAAAUUGUAUCACAAUUGCACUUUUGUUUUCUGUUUGUCUGCGGAUGGCUUCGACGUUUUUGGUUACUUUUAUUUCAUAACAUCAAAUGAAAACUGUUUAAGGAACCGUCGGCAAACUUUAAAAGUGAUUCCCAUUCUCUUGUCAUCCUUUACCGAACAAACAUUAAUAUUACAAAUUGCAGUGGUUCCCUGA